AAAUGAAAUGCAAUGAAUGUUGAGUGCUCAGAGUGAAGAUUUGUAUGAAUAAUGUUUAUAAAAUGUUAAUUCUUUCUUUCUUUUAUUUCCAUAGAGUGACAGCAUGUGCAACAUAGUUCUGACAGCAGGUCUCUGCCUGGUCAUCGCCAGCUUGGGCUCUUCCGAAAGGCUGGUGUGUUACUUUAACAGCUUGGCCGAAGAUAGAGCAGACGCCGGGAAGUUCACGAUUGAGGAUAUCGAUCCAAACAAAUGUACCCAUCUGAUCUACGCCUUCUCUGGCAUCAAUGAUUUCAAUGAAGUGGUACCGACUAGAAGAGCAGACAUUUUUCGCUAUUAGUUGUUUAAUGGGCUUAAAAACAGAAAUCCUUCACUCAAAACCCUGUUGGCUGUUGGUGGUCCAACCUUUAACAAAGAAAAAUUCACUACGAUGGUGUCAACCACACAAAAGAGAACAACAUUCAUCCAGUCUGCUGUCGCACUACUGAGAAUAUUUCAGUUUGAUGGGUUAAACCUGGUUUGGAUGUACCCUGUGGGAGCAGGAGGCGACCCAGACAACAAGCAGAAAUUUACACUGCUAUGCAAGGAGCUCAAUGCUGCCUUUGAGAGUGAAGGGAACAAACACAACCGUGAUCGAUUGAUCCUCACAGCAAGUGUCUCUGCUGAGAGAGAGGUUAUUGAUGCCAGUUAUGAAGUCAAAAACAUUACCAAGGACCUGGACUUCCUCAAUGUGCUGACGUAUGACUUUCACGGCCCCUGGGAAAAUUUCACAGGACAUCAUAGUCCCUUAUUCGGGGGAUCCCACGAUACUGGAGACAAAAUCUACCAUAAUACUAUAUAUACCAUGAUUCAUACAUAGAUUGACUCUGCCAUGCAGUAUUGGCUGGACAAAGGAGCACCUGCACAAUUGCUAAAUUUGGGACUAGCUGCAUAUGGGCGAGCUUUUUCCCUCUCCUCUGCAUCCAGUGAUGUUGGAGCUCCAGUCAGCGGCACUGGUGAAGAAGGCUGCUACACUGGUGAAGAAGGAUUCUGGGCCUAUUAUGACACUUGCCUUUAUACUGAAGGGGCUACAGUCCAACGGAUUGCUGAUCAGAAAGUUCCAUAUGCCAUCACAGAAAACCAGUGGGUUGGAUUUGAUGACACACGCAGCAUUAGUACAAAGGUCAGUUACUUAAAAUCAAAAAACUUUGGAGGAGCUUUUGUUUGGUCCCUGGAUCUGGAUGACUUCAGUGGAAAGUUCUGUAACCAGAGCAAAAGUCCCUUCAUCAGCCACCUGAAUUAUCUACUGUACUUCAACGACCACAACCCCAACUACCACUACAACUUUUCCAAAGACCCCAACUACUACGACCACAACUCCAAGUACUACAACAGCAACUCCAACUACUACAACCACUCCAACAACUUUUCCAACUACCACAACUCCAACUCCAACAACCACAGCAACUAUGCCGACGAGCACAACAACUACUCUGAUGACCACAAAUACAACUCCAACAACCACAUCAACCACUCCAAGUACAACGACUCCAAGUACCACUACCACAACUCCAACGACAACAAUCGCAAAUACCACAACCAAAACUCAAACUACCACAUCCCCUACUACCACAACUACUCCAACUAUCACGACCACAACUCCAAUGACCACAAUCGCAACUAUGACAACCACAACUCCAACUACCACAACCCCAACUACAACUACUACCAUAACUUUUCCAAGUACCACAAGACCAACUCCAAUGACCAGAACUCCAACUACCACAUCAACCACUCCAACUACUCCAACUACCACAACAACAACUCCAACAACCGCAAUCAAACUACCACGACUACAAGAACUACUCCCACAACAACCACUCCAACUACCACUACCACAACUCCGACUACCACAACAACUACUCCAACUCCAACUACUCCGACUACCACUACCACAACCCCAACUACCACAACAACAACUCCAACUAUCACAACAACCACUCCAACUACCACUACCACAAUUCCGACUACCACAACAACUACUCCAACUCCAACUACCACCACAACAACCCCAACUAACACUACCACAACUACCACAACAACUACUCCAACUACCACUACUACAACCCCAACUACCACUACAACCACUCCAACUACCACUACCACAACCCCAACUACCACAACAACAACUCCAACUAUCACAACAACCACUCCAACUACCACUACCACAACUCCGACUACCACAACAACUACUCCAACUCCAACUACUCCAACUACCACUACCACAACCCCAACUACCACAACAACAACUCCAACUAUCACAACAACCACUCCAACUACCACUACCACAACUCCGACUACCACAACAACUACUCCAACUCCAACUACCACCACAACAACCCCAACUAACACUACCACAACUACCACAACAACUACUCCAACUACCACUACUACAACCCCAACUACCACUACAACCACUCCAACUACCACUACCACAACCCCAACUACUACUACAACAACUCCAAUGACCAAAAAUACACCAACUACCACUAUAACUGCCACAACAACUCCAACUACCACAACCUCAACUACCACUACGACAACUCCAACGACCACAACUAAACCAACUACCACACUUCCAACAACCACAACAACUACCGCAACUACCACAACAAUAACCCCAACUACCACUACCAGAACCCCAACAACCACUACUACUCCAACUACCACAACAACUGCUCCAGCUUCCACUACCACAACCCCAACUACCACUACAACAACUCCAAUAACCACAACAUUCAACUACCACUACCACAGCCCCAGCUACCACUACAACAACUCCAACGACCACAACAACAAGUUCAACUACCACAAUAACUACUCCAACUACCACUACCAUAGCCCCAACUACCACAAACACAACUCCAGCUACGACAACAACUGCUCCAACUACCACUACCACAGCCCCAACUACCACAAACACAACUCCAUACUCAAAUAA